AUGCCUCCACUGAACAUCCUUCUUUCACGCAUCGUGCUCCCUGCUCUCAACGUUGCCACACCUUCUUCUUCCAUGUGUCACACUACCCCUAUUCUUUCUGCAAACGACGCUGCCGCUGUGUGCUUUCUUCCCCCCUCCAUGACAUGGCAUCGUCGUCGAGCUAGAAGUCUUGUUUUGCCAUUGCUCCAACGCUACACUUCUGCCAUUGCUUCCAUGCUGCUGCGUCGUAUCUUCACCAUUUCCAUCGCGUGCCGCUUUGCUUCGUUCACCCAAAUGAAUGCCCUAAUACUCUGGGUUCAUGAACCUGAAGUAAGGCAUGCAAUGUUGGCAAACAAAGCAUUGAAGGCUAUGACUAAUAAGAUUAAAGAACUACAAGUUGUGGUUGAAAUAGCAUGUGGUAAUAAAACUGUGUAUGUUAAUGGUGUGAGAGAAGCUUAUAUUGAUCUCUAUGGUUGCACAAUUGAGGAGGACAUUCUAGAUUGUGUUUAUGAUAUGCCACUUAAAAAGACUUUGCUAGCUCUAAUAAGCUCAAACAGGCAUUCAAAAGAGACAACAAAGAAGGAAAUUGCAGUGGAAGAUGCAUCUAAAAUGCAUGAAGCUAUUAGGAAAAGGAGAUUAGAUGAUGAUAGCUUUCUUUGGAUACUUUCCACCAGAUCCAUUUCACAGCUCCGGGAAACUUUUGCAACUUACCAACAACUCUUUGACCACUCAUUGGAGCAGGAUGAUUUAGAAAAUCUGUUAAUUGCAGCAAUACGGUGCACAUGCAAUCCUGAAAAACAUUUUGCAAAGGUUAUAAGAGAAUCUAUGAUUGGGAUUGGAACCGAUGAAGAAUCGCUGAACAGAGCAAUUGUGAGUAGAGCAGAAGUUGACAUGUUGAAAAUAGAAAUUGAAUAUGCUGCCAUGUUUCACUCCAACCUUGUAAAAGAUAUCUGUGGAGAUACCUCAGGAAGCUAUCAAAAUUUCUUGAUGACUUUGAUGGGGAAAGAUCCUCUUGAAUAA